AUGCCAGUUGUCAAAGGAGGUGUUUGGACCAAUAUCGAAGAUGAGGUGCUUCGGGCAGCCGUCUCCAAGUAUGGUCUCAACCAGUGGGCGCGAGUUUCGUCACUGUUAGCACGGAAGACUCCCAAGCAAUGUAAGGCGCGAUGGGUAGAAUGGUUGGACCCCGGCAUUCGCAAAGUUGAGUGGUCGAGGGAGGAGGACGAGAAGCUGUUGCACUUGGCCAAAUUGAUGCCAACACAGUGGCGCACAAUUGCACCAAUUGUGGGUCGCACGGCAACGCAAUGUCUGGAGCGUUAUCAGAAAUUGCUGGACGAGGCAGAAGCCCGUGAGAAUGAUGAGCUGGGCUUGGGAGGCCCCGGUGCAGAAUCCGCGGCCCCAAGCGCUGACGACGUGCGCCGCCUACGACCGGGUGAGUUGGAUCCUGAUCCGGAAUCGAAACCUGCUCGGCCUGAUACGAUCGACCUCGACGAGGAUGAAAAGGAAAUGUUGAGCGAGGCUCGUGCUCGUUUGGCAAACACACAAGGAAAGAAGGCAAAGCGUAAGGCUAGAGAACGUCAGCUAGAGGAAUCUCGAAGGCUUGCGGUUCUACAGAAGCGUCGGGAACUCAAGAAUGCCGGCAUUAAUAUAAAGGUCGUUACUCGAAAGAAGGGAGAGAUGGAUUAUAACGCCGACAUCCCGUUUGAAAAGCCGGCUGCACCUGGUUUCUACGAUACUAUGGACGAGCAGGUUCGGAAUGAAAGACAGCGGGAAAUGUUUGACCCACGGAAACAACAGCUUGCCAAUAAACGGAAAGGGGACCAGGAUGACGAGGCAGAACGAAAGAAGAGGAAAAAUGAUAAAAACAGCACGUCGGCUGCAUCGGCUGCCGCCGCUCGGGCCGGUCAAAUGCAAAAGAUCCGUGAGGCGGAGCAAAGCAGCAAAAGAAGGGCCCUCGUUCUCCCUAGUCCUCAGGUCAGUGAGGGAGAAAUGGAGGAAAUAAUCAAGAUGGGCAUGGCAGGCGAUAGGGCUAGUAAACUGGCUGGAGAUGAAGAGACUACUCGGGGCUUAAUCGGAAACUAUUCUGCUAUCGUUGGAGGGACACCAAUCAGAACUCCCCGGGCUCCUCCAGAGGAGGAUCACAUCGCCAACGAAAUCCGGAAUAUCAGAGCAUUGACUGAGACACAGUCGUCACUGCUUGGUGGAGAGAACACCCCUUUGCACGAAGGAGGGUCUUCGACCGGUUUUGAUGGUAUCGCACCUCGACGUCAACAGAUUGUCACGCCUAAUCCAAUGGCAACUCCUUUCCGUCAGGCUGCUGGUGUCAGCGCAACACCUAUUCGAGGAGGGAUCGGCCCCGGGGCAACUCCAUUGCGAACUCCCCGUGAUCAUUUUGCCCUGAACCAGGAGAUGGAAGGCGGACAGCUUGUUUCGAGUACCCCUCGCGACAUCAAGAUGCAUGAGAAUCUAGCUCGUCAAAGCAUUCGUAGCAAACUGGCAGCGCUCCCCAAGCCAAAAGAAACCGAAUGGGAAUUGGAAGAACUUCCGUCGGAAUCAGCAGAGCCAACUGUAACAGAAGAACUUACAGAAGAGGAUGCAGCAGAACGCGACAGGAGAGAAAGGGAAGCGCAGGAGAAGGCCGCCCUGGUAGAGCUGAAGCGUCAGUCACAGGUCUAUCAGCGAGCAAUGCCUCGGCCGAGUGUUCUUGACAUAGAUUCUUUGUUUGAGCGAGCUUCGCAUGUGGCUGAUCCUAUUGGCGCUAUGAUCGCUAAAGAAGCUGCCCUUCUCAUUGCACAUGAUGCUCGUAAAUUUCCUGUUCCAGGUGCCAAGGUAGAGGGCAAGCCGCGAAAGCUGGAACGACUCGAUGAUGAAUUCGUCGCAGCAGCCCGCUCGGCCAUCAGCGCUGAAGCCGCCUCGUCUGGACAACAGCAAAACUGGCUGGAGGGAUUCGACAACCAGUGGUCCUCGACCCAUUCUAAUACUAUCCCCGGCCUCUCCAAUUACGCUGACGAAGAGGAAGAUAAUUACCAACAAGAGCAGCGGAUGAUAAGCGCAUUUGACAGUGUACAAAAUUCUCUUCUUGCCACGGCGGAGCAAGGGAACAAGCUGGAGAAGAAGCUUGCGCUGCAUUAUGGUGGGUAUCAGAACCGGGCCAAAAUGCUUCGAACCAAGAUCUUGGAAGCCAGCACCGCCUUGGAGAAAUCGAAGGAUGAGCUAGAUGCAUUCCGUAACUUGCAGAUUUCCGAGGAAUCAGCGCUUGCCCGCAGACUUGAGAGGCUGCGAGACGAGGUGGCAUUUACUAUGAGGAGAGAGCGUGAAGCUCAGGAAGUUUACCGUACCAGAAAAAAUGAACUGGAUGACUUGAUUGCGGGCACUGGAGGAAUGGUUAAUGGAUGGCACUGA